CAAAAUCGAGUGACGAACGUAAUCUUUGCGGGAGUAAAGUGAAAUUUAUUCACAAAUAUCGCCAUUCUGCCCUAAAAUCAACUGUGAUCGUAAGCAAGUAGCUUUCUGAACUUAAAGGCUUCGCAUAUUUAACUCUCCCGGGAUGACGGAUUCUAAAUACUUUACCACCACUAAAAAAGGUGAAAUUUUUGAGCUCAAAUCCGAACUCAACAAUGACAAAAAGGAAAAGAAGAAGGAGGCCGUUAAAAAGGUCAUCGCUAGCAUGACCGUUGGAAAGGACGUGUCGGCCUUGUUCCCCGAUGUUGUGAACUGCAUGCAGACCGACAACUUGGAACUGAAAAAACUGGUCUAUCUUUACCUGAUGAACUACGCCAAGUCACAACCCGAUAUGGCCAUCAUGGCCGUUAACACGUUCGUUAAGGACUGCGAAGAUACGAAUCCGUUGAUCCGUGCGCUGGCCGUGCGCACUAUGGGUUGCAUCCGUGUGGACAAGAUCACGGAGUAUUUGUGUGAACCGCUGCGCAAAUGCUUGAAAGACGAAGAUCCGUACGUGCGCAAAACUGCGGCAGUAUGCGUGGCCAAGUUGUACGACAUUUCCAGCUCAAUGGUUGAGGAUCAAGGAUUCCUGGAUCAGCUAAAGGAUCUGCUGUCCGAUUCGAACCCCAUGGUGGUAGCGAAUGCUGUGGCCGCCUUGAGCGAAAUCAACGAAGCCAGUGCAAGUGGCCAACCUCUGGUGGAGAUGAAUUCCGCCACAAUCAACAAGCUGCUGACGGCACUGAACGAGUGUACCGAAUGGGGUCAGGUGUUCAUCCUCGAUUCGCUGGCCAACUACACGCCAAAGGACGAACGCGAGGCGCAGUCCAUUUGCGAGCGUAUUACGCCACGAUUGGCCCACGCCAACGCUGCCGUGGUGCUAAGUGCGAUCAAGGUGCUGAUGAAGCUGCUCGAAAUUCUGGCUGGCGAUACUGACUUUUGUGCCAUGCUGACGAAGAAACUCGCUCCGCCACUGGUGACGCUGCUCAGCUCGGAGCCGGAGGUGCAGUAUGUGGCGCUGAGAAACAUCAAUCUGAUCGUACAGAAGCGUCCCGAUAUUCUGAAGCAUGAGAUGAAGGUUUUCUUCGUGAAAUAUAAUGACCCGAUCUACGUGAAGCUAGAGAAGCUGGACAUCAUGAUCCGUUUGGCGAACCAGAGCAACAUCGCGCAGGUGUUGAGUGAACUGAAGGAGUAUGCCACGGAGGUGGACGUGGACUUUGUGCGCAAGGCAGUGCGUGCUAUUGGACGCUGCGCGAUCAAGGUGGAACCGUCUGCUGAGCGGUGCGUAUCUACUUUGCUCGAUCUCAUUCAGACGAAGGUGAACUACGUCGUGCAGGAGGCAAUUGUGGUGAUUAAGGAUAUCUUCCGCAAGUACCCGAACAAGUACGAGAGCAUCAUUAGCACGCUAUGUGAGAAUUUGGAUACACUGGACGAACCGGAAGCGCGCGCUUCGAUGGUGUGGAUCAUCGGCGAAUACGCGGAACGUAUUGAUAACGCUGACGAACUGCUGGACAGCUUCUUGGAAGGUUUCCAGGACGAGAACGCUCAAGUGCAGCUGCAGCUGCUAACGGCGGUAGUGAAGCUGUUCCUCAAGCGGCCGGCCGAUACGCAGGAACUCGUACAACAUGUUCUUUCGCUGGCAACUCAGGACUCGGAUAAUCCCGAUCUGCGCGAUCGUGGUUUCAUCUACUGGCGUUUGCUGUCGACCGAUCCGGCGGCAGCAAAGGAGGUGGUGCUGGCCGACAAGCCGCUCAUCUCGGAAGAAACCGAUCUUCUUGAGCCGACGCUGCUGGACGAAUUGAUCUGUCACAUUAGUUCGCUUGCGAGCGUUUACCACAAGCCUCCAACCGCAUUUGUUGAGGGACGCGGUGCGGGUGUCCGCAAGUCACUGCCGAACCGUUCGGCAUCUUCGGCCGGGGAAGAGUCGUCCGCUUCCGUCCCAGAAGCCACCGUCAUUCCGAACCAGGAAUCUCUCAUCGGUGAUCUGCUCUCGAUGGAUAUCGGUGCGCCAGCGGCACCAGCUGUACCAGCGCCGGCCAACAGCAACGUAGAUCUGCUCGGUGGAGGAUUGGACAUUCUGCUCGGUGGUGGUCCGGCAAAUGACACCGCCGCGACGACGGCAGCUGCAGCCCCUGCUGGCUCAUCCGCUGCCGGUGGACUGCUGGGAGAUAUCUUUGGCAUUGGGCCGGUGAGCAGUACGAAUCUGAUUCAGCUCCCGAAGAUCACGUGGUUGCCGGCCGACAAAGGAAAGGGUCUGGAAAUUCAAGGAACAUUCUCUCGACGCGCCGGACAGGUGUUUAUGGACAUGACGUUCACGAAUAAGGCGAUGCAGGCGAUGACUGGCUUCGCCAUUCAGCUGAACAAAAACAGUUUCGGGCUGGUCCCCAGUGCUCCGCUUCAGGUUGCCCCCCUUCAGCCUUCCCAGUCGGCCGAAACAUCUCUAUCGCUCGGCACAACCGGUCAGGUUCAACGGAUGGAACCCCUAAAUAAUCUCCAGGUGGCCAUCAAGAACAACGUAGACAUUUUCUACUUUGCCUGCCUUGUGCACGGUAAUGUUCUCUUCGUAGAAGACGGUCAGCUCGAUAAGCGCGUUUUUCUGACCACCUGGAAGGAGAUCCCCGCCGCAAAUGAGGUGCAAUACAACCUGCACGGUAUCAUGGGUACCGCCGAUACGGUGGCUGCAAAGAUGACGGCAAACAACAUCUUCACGAUCGCGAAACGUAAUGUCGAGGGACAGGACAUGCUCUACCAGUCGCUCAAGUUGACCAACAACAUCUGGGUGCUGCUCGAGCUUAAACUGUCUCCGGGAAGCUCGGACGCGACACUCAGUUUGAAAUCGCGUUCGGUCGAGGUCGGACCGAUUAUUUUCGCCGCCUACGAACAAAUCAUUCGUUCUCCUUAAGUGAACGUCAUAUCUAACGUAUAAUAUUGUUAUAUUCCAUUAGAUUGUAGCCAUUGCCUCGAGAAUUUGUUCGAAUUGGAAUCGUUAUAGGCACGCAGAGCGCAAACAAAUGUAUCUCCAUCUGAACGAUGAACACAUCAGCGGCAAUAGAUCUACAUGUUUCGUUAAUAUUGUGUAAACUCGCACACAUUGCCAUGUGUUUAAUAAUUCCACUAGGAAGCAUCUAACUCUCUACUGGAGAUGAAUCCAAUGAACAUGAAUAUAAGAAACAUUAAACUAUGUAUCCAAUACGUUCCUUUCUAGGGACGUUUUAUGGCUAACAAAUAAAUAUCGAUAACCGUAAACGAACUGGUUUUU